GGACGGGAUUCAGGGGAAGAGAAGAGAAAGACCAAAUAUGGCGGCUGAGAGUUGGCGAGUGAGGAGUUGAGACAAUAUCAGUCUUACUGCAUAGUUCUUUCCCUUUGUGUCAAAACCUGGAUUCACUAUACCAGGGUGAAAAGAGCUGACCCCCCGGAGGAUUGGGAGAUUGAACCUAAGGGGGGCCUCAGGUUUAGAAUCAAUAGAGUCCAGAAGACACCGUGAAGUAAAGAAGAACCCCCUGCUACACCCUACCGGUAACGGGUGCACGUCCUCGCACGGGGCAAGAUACCCUUGCUGCCUCUGACUAGGUAAACAGAGGCACGUCAUCGCACGGGUCAACGAGCAUCGCCAUGAGAGUUAUCCUGUUUUGCUAUUUCCUUUACCUUUUCCACGUGCCUACUGAAGCCUUGCCUUUGGCUCCUAUAUCACACCCCAACAUGUGGGUCCGGCACGCGUAUUAUAUGUUUCAUAUCUAUGGAACCAAUGUCUCCUUGAUAUAUGAGCACCCUUUAUCUGUAUCCCACCUGUCCUUUUUGCCCACCCCCAUCAAUAGCCCGGAAACCAUUGUAGGCCAUUUGCAGAACCUUAAACGGUCCAUGCUAUUCACUGACCCCCCAGAAGAACUAAAUGCAACGACAUUCCGUCUUCUGCGGUAUCGUCGUGCUCUCCCAGGCCUUUGUUUUUGCUGCCAUAACUCUGGCACUUGGGAUAACAAAUGGAAAGAUCAUAAAAAGGUGGACCACUGGAGGAAAGACGCAGGCAAUUACUCAGGAUGUACUGAUCGAUUUUAUUUGCAUGGAAAGUAUAAUAAUUCCUACGUGUUUAAUGUAACCGCUUUGAAUGGCUCUCUAGAUGAUUUGUACACCUCCUUCCCCAUGUUCAUGCCCAACUUGACUGGCCUCUCCGGGGCUUCCAUUUGCAGCGGAUGGCAAAUCAAGGACCCCAAUCUAUGGUUUUUCUUUAACUCCACAGCCACGAAUUAUCAUCCUGGCCAGUAUCUGUGCGCGGCAGUGGGCUACCUGACGCUUCCAGUACAGGUUGUGCCACCGAUAACAACCCGCCCCAGCUUGCAACGAGCCCGAAGGGAUGUCAUGGGGCCGCAGUGCCAAGAUGAGGUCAUCAUAGGACCUCAACUCUCUGAGGGCUCUUCAGGAGGGCGGGCUAUGGCAGGUUCGUUUACUGGGUUCCUGACUCUUGGCUCUUAUCCAGGAAUUAUAGCACAAGAAAAACGGUGGUCUGUUAUUGGUCUCACAUGCCGUUUAGAAAAGACCAUCAAUGCUACUGGUCGUAUAGUUCGAGACCUCCAGGAGGAACUAGCGGGCCUCCACCAGGACCAAAUGCAGCUUAGAUUUGCAGUAGACUUUCUGUUAGCUAAAAGUGGAGGAUUCUGCACUGUAGUGGGCUCCUCCGGCUGUCAGGUACACUAUCAUGAUUUAAAUCGCACGAUUGAAGAUGAGCUUACUCACCUAAAAUCCCUAAUUGCCAAUAACAAGUCGGGCACCUCGAACCCUUUUGCUGGGCUUUGGAACUGGUUACCGGGAACUGAUUGGGUUAAGGGAAUUUUGAUGAGCCUGUUAGGUCCCCUAAUAGUUGUAUUACUGUGCAUUUGUUGUGCUCCCUUUCUGUUGCAAUGCACAACUAAUCACCUUCAGCGCACGAUGCAUGGUAUAGCCCAAACGCAUGCCAAAGUUAUGUAUAUGAAAAUUGCCAAUGAAGAAUUAAGGAGGCUUGAGGAAGAACCUUGAAUUUUGGUAAUUAGAAGGUUCUUAAGGGGGGAGAUGUGACAUGUGUGGCAUGAAUAGAAAAGUGGAAAUUGUAUUUGCAAGUUAUUUGUAACUCAGCUUUGUUUGCUGUGUUUGCUGUGAACUGAUCCUUGAUACUUGUUGAUUCAACCUAGUCGACUUAGAGGAUCUUAUCUCUUUGUUUAGAGUAGCUGUUAGACACUGUGUUCUUAUAGAUGAGCUAUGCAUAUUCUGCUAUGUGUAUUGUAGGAUAGAUAAGACUGCUAUGCAAAGAACGUAUUACCAAAUAUGGAGUGGAACUUUCCAGAAAGUAUGUAAACUUUCCUAUACCAUGAUUGGCUGAAUGUUGAUGCCAAGGGGUGGAGAAAAAGCUUUAUAAACUCUUGUUAGUCUGUAAGAGGCACGCUCCCUGGACUUUUGCCAAGAGGCACCGGGGGUCGUCCUCAGCGCUGAGAAAUAAACCUUUGUCUCUUUCA